AUGUCUAUAAAAAGAAUAUCCCUUUACAAAGAGGAACAACAAACAACUGAGGCAUUUGCGGCAUUCAUCGUACUGGUACUUAUUUCUUCUGGCUUUGACUACUUCGGGUUGAAAAAAUAUCACACCUCAUUUGAGGAUUUGAAGUGUCCCGUGGGUAACUGUAAGGUGACGGAGGAUAAGAGUGCUGCCUAUGAUACCGAUGCCAUCAUUUUCAUGGAGAACGAAACAAGGAUUUCAGAGCCAUCAAAGGAUGUUAAACUUAUUUUAUAUUGGAUUCCUAGUUCUUCUGGUUUUGACUACUUCGGGUUGAAAAGAUAUCACGCCUCAUUCGAGGAUUUGAAGUGUCCCGUGGGUAACUGUAAGGUGACGGAGGAUAAGAGUGCUGCCUAUGAUGCCGAUGCCAUCAUUUUCAUGGGUCCUGCGUUAGGUAAAAAACCAGGAAAACGGAACCCCAAAACACGCUGGAUAUGGACCAAUCACGAGAGUCCAUGUCACACGUACUUAGAUAGUGAUUGGGCGUUUAACUGGACGAUGACUUACAGGAAGGACAGCGACAUCUACAGCCCAUACGGAUUACCCCUCCUAGACGAAAACCACGAUGAAGCAAAGAAAAGGAAUUUCCUGUCAGUUGCCAGGAGCAAAACUAAAUUAGCGGCCUGGGCAGUCAGCAAUUGUAAUGCUCCAAGUCAACGUAUGGAAUAUGUGAAGGAAUUACAGAAAUAUAUGAGCGUGGACAUCUAUGGGGGUUGCGGGCCAUUCAAAUGUGGACGCGACAGGGAAGCUAAAUGUACCGAUAUGUUAAACAAAACUUAUAAAUUUUAUCUUUCAUUUGAAAAUAGUUUUGCCACGGAUUAUAUCACAGAAAAAUUAUAUAAAAUCCUCCCAUUGGACGUUAUCCCGGUCACACGUUCAGGUGCCAACUACACGCGUCUUGGCAUCCCUCCGUCCUGGCACAUAGACACACACGACUUUAAGUCUCCCAAAGAGCUGGCACACAGACUGAAAGAACUAGAUAAAGACGACGCUGAAUAUGCCAAAUUGUUGCAAUCAAAGGCUGGUAUUCAAGUCUCUUCUUGGAUUCGUGGUUAUUGUGAUAUAUGUGCCAAGCUUCAUUCUCCAACGGGACCGGUGAAAUCCUACAGCGCCCAGGAUAUACGUAGUUGGUACGGUACAUGCAAACCCCCUGAUGAUCUGCAGUUUAUGACACGAAGCCGGCGGAGUAUAGAAGAUUACUUCGUUAAUUGAGGAACGGACGUUUUAUCGGCUAAUACGGCUGGUUGCUGUUAAAAUAAAUUAUGCUGCACACGCAUCAGGGAAUGUCUACAGAAGAGCAAACAGAGUGUUACAAAGACAUAAGAUUACAAGCAGUUUGUUACAAAGUCAUCAAAAUACGAGCAGUUUGUUACUAAGUAAUCAAAUUACGAGCAGUUUGUUACAAGAUAAUCAAAUUACGAACAGAUUUAAAAAGUAAUCAUUUAAAGAGCAGUUUGUUACAAGGUAAUCACUAUACUCGCGAAUGGUUAAAUUGUAAUCUAAUUACGUGCGAUUGGUUACAAAGUAAUCUUAUUAUGAGCAGUUAGUUACAAAGCAAUAUAAAUUACAAGCAGAUUAUUACAAAGUAAUCAAAUUACGAGCAGAUUGUUAUAAAGUAAUCAAAUUACGA